AUGAGCGGGGCCGGCAAGGGGGAGCAGCACGGGGCGACUUCGCCCUUGCGCAAGCUUCAGCGGUCGUUAUAUUCCACCGCCGCCCAUGCGGAGGGCAACGCCGAUCCACAGCAGCAACAGCAGCAGCAGCAGCAGCAGCAGCAGCAGAAGUAUGAGGACCACACUGAGGCGGCGCGUACGCGGUGGGAGGCAGCUGCAGCGGGUGCGAAACGGCCGCUGAGGCGCUAUAAGAACGAUGUAUCGUGGCGGCAUCUGCCGCAGGUACACACGCAACGACCACCACCACAAGACUGCCAGGAUGGGCAGCAGCCUUGGGGGGUAGUGCCCCCGUUUGUGCCGUCGCUGCAGGUGCAAAACAUGGAGUUUCCGGCUUCUUCUUUGUUUUCUGACACUCAACGCAACUCGCUGUUGGACACCAAGACGUCCUCACUUGAGCAUUGCCUGUCGCUGAGUGACACAGUCAAAGGCAAAUUUGGCAAGUGUGCUUCAGUGGGAGGUAUUGGGUCGCGCGAUGCGACGGCGUGCCCUCCGCCAAUAGUAACGAGUGAAGAUUUUCUGUUUAGACAGUCUGGUCGGCCUAGACCAAGUCCUGCGUCCCGUGUCGUGCAUCCGCAGGGGUUUCGCAUACUUAAGAACCGCAGUGCGGUGGAACGGUCACUGCGCAGCUACUUUCGCUUACCCCCCGCGCCGAGUUCGCGCCUUGUCAAGGACCGUUUGUGGACACAGCGGCAACUGAUGGCUGUUGAAAUGACCGAAGAUGAGGAGGAAGCUCGUUUUUUUGCGAAUGCCGUGGACGUUCCUCUCCGGCAAUCCCACAUAUUGCUAGAUGGUUAUCUGCUUCUUUGCGCCGCUGGGCAACCCGAGCCGGAAGCGGUGGAGGCGGUGACGCUUCAAAGUUUUCACAUCGUCGGUGUCAUGGAGGAUGACUUGACCCAUUUUCAGAACCUCCGGUUUCUUGAUCUGAGCGAGAAUAAACUGCUGCUGGAGCACCUCCUUUCUCUGACUGGCCUUGAGGUGCUGCACCUCCCGUAUAACAAGAUCGCCUCUUUGGCAGGCAUUGCACGCGUGGUCUUGGAGCAGCAACUGCAGUCGACAAGUAGCAGCAGUGCCUUCGUUAACCGUGCUGGGACCCGUGGAAGCGGAGUUGGCGUGGUGGACAGUGCGAUGCACGACAGUAAGUCCAUUCGGAAUGCCGCAGCCUACUAUGCCCAGGAAAAGACACCGACGGCGGUUCGUACCGACGGUGGCUUACGCUGGCGCACGCCAGUAGCUACCAACGCGAAUGGUGGUGGUGCGACGGUGGAUGCAACUGGGACCGCGGGGUAUUACUCGCCACAUCAAAAGAUUGUGGGACGCCCCAACCAAAACUCAGAGUGCAGUUUGCAUGAUGUUCUCUUGCCAAACCUGCAUGCCCUGAAUCUCUCCUUUAACCAGAUUCCCCCAGCUGAAAUUUUGCACCUGUCAUACUUUCCUUUUCUUGAAAAACUUGACUUGAGUGGUAACAACCUACGCGUCUUGCCAGAGGACCUUGCGGAUCUCACAAGCGUGACACAUUUCGCACUUGAGCGAAAUCACUUUCGCGACGGCAAUGUCAUCUUUGCGGCACUCUCCACCAUGCCGGCCCUCAUUGAAGUCAACCUCAAUCAUAACGAACUACGCCACGUCCCCCCGCUCUCCGUGAAAAAUGGACGUGGACUUUGUUUUCCCUCGAUUGAGGUGAUUGGUUUGGGGCACAACCGCUUUGCAGCUGCGCGGGAUGUGGCGGCGCUGACUGAGCUUGUGCGGACGCUGCAGCGCGUGAUGCUUGCGGGAAACCCGAUUGCGCGUAAGAGUAAAGAGCGCGGCGCGGCGCAGUCAAUUUUUGCGCAGGCCGUGAUGAACCUCUACUGGGAGCAAGCCGCCGUGCGUCACCCUGACACCGGUGAAAGAAGCUCCUCCAACCACUUUGGAACCGAUGUGCCACUUGGCGAUACCUCACGGCUCCAGACGCCGCAUCAAGACAAAAGUGCGGUGGAGGAUGAGAGGGAUGUGACGCAUAGUGAAUACCAUCAGUGGGGCAGUCUUGUUGAGGCAUGGCGGCAGUCAAAGGAGGGGUCGGAAUCGAAAAGUUCUUCACAGUCCCUCACCAAACUUUAUGAGGGUGAGGACGAGGACGACUACCCCGAUCACCAGCAUUCCUACACGAUGGAUACCCCAGACGCUUCCGCACUGCCAGAGGGUGAUAGCACGAUCAACAAUCUCUUUUGGUACGGCGACGCGGAAUCGCUGCCUUUGCAGGGGACAACGACGAAGGGGGUUGAUCGCACUCUGCCAGACCUACCAACACCCUCACUCUUGCGGUUUGUGGAGCUCAUCUUUGACGACACCGUGAUAAAGAAACAAAAACCGGGCUACUUCUAUUCCAAGUGGCGUCAACUCGCAUUGGAGGGUGAAACGCAACGGCACAUGCUGGCGGGCGUGGGACGGUCGUCGUGUUUGGUGCAUCCCAAGACGGGCCUCGUUACUGUGCCGAACUACACCGAGUUUAUGGACAUCUACCGCCUCCUGGAGGACCCGCCCUUGUCGCGCUGUGGGUUUAGACGGCGCACGUACGCCACACCGCGCGAAAAGAGGCGGAGGCGAAGGGAGAAAAUUGCGGUUCCUCACCCUACGGCUGAUGUCGCACAGGAGGAGGAAGCGGAGGCGAAGGCCAAGGAAGAGAGAGAGGAGGCUGAGGCUGCCACCCCAGUGGAUCAGCAGAACACUGAGACGGACGAGGAAUAUGACAUGGAGGAGUCCGCCUCGGAGGGAAGUGAGUCCACUCGGAACGUCGUGUUUAUGACGGGCGUGGCCCUGGAAGAGCAGCGUGCGUCGUGUCCAAAGAGACGUGGAAAGGCGAAGCCGCGAAAGGUGCUGGCGCAGGAAACUCCGAUUGAAGACUCUCCUGCGGGCGUCAACGAGGGAGCGGCGCCCCACCCCGACACCGCGGAGGAUGCGCGGGCGACAGACGUGAACGAGGCGAGGGAGCAAGAAAUGCGCAGGCAGACGCAGCCGCGCAGCGAGCGUUCGCCUAGGGCUAGAAAGGAACCGCAGCCCAAGUCAGGGGUGGCGGAGCCGCCGAGUACGAACGUUCGCAUUCUUAUGAAUGAACUUCGUCGCAUGCUGCGUCGUCCACUUCCAUCGCUGCCGACUGUUUCUACGAAGCACAGCACCGGUAGGUUCUAA